GGCGCCUUCCAAACAAGAAAAACCUUAAACAGAGCAAAAAGUGAACAAUAGCUAUUAUCAGGAACAAACAGGGCAGUAGAAAAUAACAAAAUGCAGCCAACUAACCAACCAACCUGCAAAAAAAAGAAAAGCGGCCUUCCAAUUUCCUCACCCUACAGAACGGCAUGUAGACUCUUUAAAGUCAAUUAUUAAUCAAAUUCAUUCCUUAACUUCCUCCACUAGGGCUGCUGAUUAUCAGUAUAUUUCUGUCCAUGUGACCGUAGAAAGUUCAACGAAUUCGUUAAUUAAUUCACUCGCACACGGCGCCAUCACGCGUUUUCGCUCUCCCCCUUCCUCUACUUUAUAAAUACACCUCUAUAGAUCCGAAUUUCGAAAAAUCCUUUACUGUUGACGUAAGUUUGUUUCUGAUUCUGCCGAAUAUUUGCAUACGCAGGACAAUCCAAAUACUUUUCUUUCACUGGUAGAGUUAAUGGCUAAUUCUGAGUCCGAGCUCAAUGACAACAUACAUAGAGACUUCUAUAUUCCUACCUACAUACUUGCACCGGAUGCUCCGAAUAAGAGUAGGCAUAUAGCUUUACCUGAUAAUGUACCUACAUGCCCUGUGCUAGUGUUUAUUAAUUCUAAAAGCGGAGGUCAACUUGGAGGAGAACUUCUUCGUACAUUUCGCCAUCUUCUUAACAAGUAUCAGGUUUUUGAUUUGGGAGAAGAAGCUCCUGAUAGUGUUUUACGUAGUGUGUACUUGAAUAUAGAAAAGCUGAAGAGUGGUGGUGAUCAAUUUGCUGCCAAAACUGAAGAGAGAAUGAGAAUAAUUGUUGCAGGUGGAGAUGGCACAGCUGGCUGGCUUCUCGGAGUUGUAUCUGAUCUCAAACUAUCUCAGCCUCCACCAAUUGCUACAGUGCCUUUGGGAACUGGAAAUAACCUUCCAUUUGCUUUUGGCUGGGGAAAGAAGAAUCCAGGAACCGACCUUAACUCCGUCAUCUCAUUUUUGAAGCAAGUAAUGAAUGCAAAAGAAAUGAAGAUGGACAGUUGGCACAUUCUUAUGAGGAUGAGAGCACCAAAAGGUGGUUCUUGUGAUCCUAUUGCACCGCUUGAAUUGCCUCAUUCUUUGCAUGCAUUUCACCGGGUUUCUCCAUCUGAUGAACUGAAUGUGGAAGGUUUCCAUACAUUCCGUGGAGGUUUCUGGAAUUACUUCAGCAUGGGGAUGGAUGCACAAGUAUCUUAUGCAUUUCACUCAGAGCGAAAAAUGAACCCUGAGAAAUUCAAAAACCAACUUGUCAAUCAGAGUGCAUAUUUAAAGCUAGGAUGUACACAAGGAUGGUUUUUUGCCCCUCUCGUUCAUCCUUCUUCGAGGAACAUAGCUCAACUGACUAAGGUUAAGAUUAUGAAAAAGCAGGGUGAAUGGCAAGACCUUCAAAUUCCUCACAGUGUCAGGUCAAUCGUAUGCCUCAAUUUGCCUAGCUUUUCCGGUGGACUAAAUCCUUGGGGAACACCAAAUAACAACAAACGCCGAUAUAGGGACUUGACUCCCCCAUUUGUAGACGAUGGCCUUCUUGAGGUUGUCGGAUUCAGAGAUGCUUGGCACGGAUUAGUCCUUCUUGCUCCAAAAGGACAUGGGACUCGUCUUGCCCAGGCACAUAGAAUCCGAUUUGAGUUUCACAAGGGUGCAGCUGACCAUACAUUUAUGAGGAUAGAUGGGGAACCCUGGAAGCAACCCUUACCUGAAGAUGAUGACACCGUUGUGGUAGAAAUUUCUCACCUUGGCCAGGUAAAGAUGCUUGCUACUCGUGAUUGCAGAGCCAAAAGUAUACACGAUCCCUCAAGUCAUAUCAAUCAUGAAGCUGACGAUGUUGAAAGUGAUGAUGAAAACUCGGUCGAUGAAGGAAGGAGGAAAUUUGGGGCAGCAGAUACUUUCAAAAUUCCAGAUGAGGUCGAUGUUUCUCGUCUCAGUUAGUUUCAUAAUUCCUCUUUGUUUACAGCUAGCUCUAUAUUCCAUUUGCUGUAUAGGAGACAAGGAUGCAUUCCUUUUUGCUGUAUAGGAGACAAGGAUGCAUUCCUUUUGCUGUAUAGGAGACAAAAAGAUGCGCCAUGUCGGAUUUUAAAAGACUAUUUUAGAGGUUUUUGGUAGAAAACCAAUUGUUUGUGGUGUAAAGGAGCAACUUUAACGACUUUUAGUGUAUGAUUAAGGAGUCGCUUGAAAUGAUCCAUCUAGCAUGCCAAUUUCUUUAA